CCGGGGGAGUCCAGCCAAAGCCCAGGCGGGCGCCGAACCCCCGAGGACCAGGCCUCGACCCCUCCGCGGGCCCCUCCGCCCACCCAGCUACCCGGCCAGCCAGCCGGGCACCCACCCAGGUACCCAGACACCCAGCCGGUCGACGGCCAGAGAUGUCCGAGCGCCGUGUGCCCUUCACCUUCCUGCGGACCCCCAGCUGGGACCCUUUCCGGGACUGGUACCAGGGCAGCCGUCUCUUCGACCAGGCGUUCGGCCUGCCCCGCGCCCCCGAGGACUGGUACUCGUGGCCCAGCGGCACCAGCUGGCCGGGCUACGUGCGCCUGCUGCCCAGCCCCGUGUCCGAGCAGGUGCCCUCGCCCGCCGCGGCGCCCGCCUACGGCCGGGCCCUCAGCCGCCAGCUGAGCAGCGGGGUGUCCGAGAUCCGCCAGACCGCUGACCGCUGGCGGGUGGCCCUGGACGUCAAUCACUUCGCCCCGGAGGAGCUCGUGGUCAAGACCAAAGACGGGGUGGUGGAGAUCACCGGAAAACAUGAGGAGAAGCAAGACGAACACGGCUUCAUCUCCAGGUGCUUCACACGGAAAUACACCCUUCCCCCAGGUGUGGACGCCACCUCGGUGGUCUCCUCCCUGUCCCCGGAUGGCAUGCUGACGGUGGAGGCCCCGCUGCCCAAGCCGGCCACCCAGUCCGCCGAGAUCACCAUCCCCGUGACCUUCGAGAGCCGGGCCCAGAUCGGAGCCGGGGACGCCAAGAAGACAGAGGAGGCGGCGGCGGCCGCUUCGGCGAAGUAAAUCCGGCUGCGCUUGCAGGCCGGGGGCGAGGGGACCUCCAGCCUGGAGCAGGGGGAGGCCCGGACCCAGCCUCUACCGUCCCCUCCCACGCCGCAGCACCCACAUCUUGCUUUUUUAUACUAGCACAUUCACUUCACUUUCUCAAAUAAAGCUCUAAAACCCA